CUGUUCGCUCGAGCUUCACCAUUCAGUCUGAAAGGAAAAUUCGUGUGAAAAGGAUCCUCCGUCUCCUUUGUGUGCAUAUUUUUAGCCAGCCAGCAAUAUCAACUAGCAGCAGCAGCAGCAGUACAAUUAGCUUCUCUCAGCUAGAUAUAUACAUACCCAUAUAAAAAUAUAGCAACAGAGAACAUUUGUUGUUUUUGCCCCCCUCGAUCAAUUGUGCAAUUUUUCAGCUGAUUUUCUUCGCGCUACCUGCUGCAAGUAAAAUCAUCACCCGAAAUAGAAAUCAGUGCAGAGUGCAAUUGCCCCAAAACUGUAAAGUGUGUGAUUUUUGUUCUGCAAGCCCAAACCAAGUGUCGACGAGUGAGGAUCUUCUGUUCCUUUCGGACCCAUCGACUAAAAAGUGUUUGUUUCAACUAAACAGUAAAAUAAGCGUUUUUCUUUUUUCUUCAGAAAAAGGAAAACUUUUCAACUUGCCAUCUCAAAGUCAAGAACUGAAAGCCAACUAACUGUACAUAUAUUAUACUGUGUAAGAGUGUGAUACGACGUCAAGUGCAGACCAUUUUUUUCCAAGCAAUCUUCAAUUUCAAAGCUACUGUGAAAAUUUUUCGAGUACAACAAAAGAAGUGAAAAACUCAUCCCCCCAUCAGAAGUGCCCAGCAAAGCCAAGUCCUUAAGCGAAGAAAAAGAGAAGAACCUCUCAACUUUUCCCUUCGCGUCCGCGCAAAGUUCGCUUAAAUGAGUGAUACAAAUCAGAAAUGUUUUGGAAAAACUGGUGGAUUCUCUAUAAAUUUUAAUCAAGACUAUACAUCGCUCUCCGUGGUAUCCAAGCAAGGAUAUCGACUGUUUUCACUGUCAUCCGUCGAUCGAGUGGACGAAAUCUUCUGCAGCCAUGACGAGGACAUACGAAUCGCUGAGCGGCUGUUCAGCAGCAGCCUGGUCGCGGUCGUUACCGCAAGUGAGCCGGGCAAACUUAAGGUGUGUCACUUUAAGAAAGGGACGGAGAUCUGCAACUACGUGUACGCGAAGGAUAUCCUGUCGGUGAAACUGAACCGCUCGAGGCUGGUAGUAUGCCUGGAGGACAGUAUUUAUAUUCAUAACAUCCGUGAUAUGAAACAGCUACAUUCCAUCAAGAACAUGGCGAACAACCCGGUCGGUCUGUGUACGCUGUCGCUCUCGUCGCACCUGGCGUACCCGAUCUCGUCGACGACCGGCGAGCUGCAGAUCUUCGACGCCGGCAAUCUGACGUCGCGGUUGAAGAUCAAGGCGCACGAUUCGCAACUGUCGGCGAUGAACUUCUCCUUCAACGGGAUGCUGCUGGCUACGGCGUCCGAGAAGGGCACCGUGAUUCGCGUGUUCUGCGUGAAGAACGGCCAAAAGGUGCACGAGUUCCGGCGGGGUCUCAAGCGCCACGUCAGCAUCGGAUCGCUCAACUUCAGCAUCUGUGCCAGCUACGUGGUCGCAAGCUCGAACACGGAAACCGUACAUAUCUUCAGGAUCGACCCGAAGUCGAUCGAACAGGCGGAGCGUCGCAACUGUAUCGACAACGGGUCGGCAACGACCCCCUCCGCCAACAACAACACGGGUAGCAGCAAUAAUAACGAUGGGGACUCGGAGAACGGAAGCGACUCGGAAAAGACCGAGGACACUUCCAACGGGGGAUGGGGCAUGAGCUUCAUCACCAAGGCCGUCACGGCGUACUUCCCGACGAACGUGGUGGCGGACGUUUUCUCGCAGGAUCGAGCCUACGCUACGGUGCAGCUGGCCGAGGCGGGACUUCGCUACGAGUGCGUCAUCGCCAAGGUCGAGAAGGAAACUCGGCUGCUGUUGGCGAGCGAGGACGGGUUCCUCUACAUGUAUGACUUUGAUGACUCCAAGGGCGGCGAGUGCAAGCUGAUUCGGGCGCACGAUCUGCGCAUGCCGCUGCAUGGAAUAACAGAGGUUGACAUCGGCGGCAACGAGAACGACACAUCCAUCCUGAACGUGUCGAUGACCAACUCGAUGAUGCCGGCGCCUGGAACCUACGCCGGGGUCCUGAAGGGACGUCCCGGAGACCGAAUGUCAGCAGAUUCGGACCGCUGUCGUGACCUGCGGGAAGCGGUCGAGUACCCGAUCAAGAGUACCAUUCCGCUGUACGACGACAUGCAGUUCCCGCCGGUUACCCCGAUCACCGUCGAAUGACUAGCCAGCGACGCAAUCCGGACGCCCAAGAUCAGUUCCGUCGUCAGCGGUGGCAAGAAGCGUCACGCCAAGUAAAUUCUGGUCACACACGCCCCCCGAGGAGUUCGAAGACCCUACUACUACAAUACACAAGGACACACGAGUGCGGAACAAACCCAACCCAACCCAGCUUCGUGUUUCGGACAUAUUUUUUUUUUCUAUUUUCGUUUCUAGAUGUACAGUUCUCCGAAGAUGUGUAUCUCUCUGUUAUUGCUUUUAGACUAUGAAGAUCGUCAAACUAUUUUAUUUCGUCUGUUAAGGUAAUGUGUUUUAUAUUUUAGAUUCUGUAAGUGUCUACUUCUUUCUCUAUUUUCGAUAAGAAUAAAGAUCAUAUUGGCAUUUGCGUUUUGUGACUUGCCUUCGCUUUUAAGAGCAUCUCAAGCAGAAUUAUAAAUCGUAUACGAUUUGUAACUCUGCUGAAGAUGUCCUCAGCAGUCAUCUGUUGCCAGGUAACCAACAACUCUUUGUUACUAACUGUCUGAAACUGACAAUUCAAUCAAAGUUGAAAUAAAGACAUUCAUGUCCUUUACAGUUGCCUAAAAUUUUAUGGCGCAUACCUCAGUAGAUCAAGAUCUAGAAUGCUGAGAAAAAUGUACUGCGAUCUAUCAAACUUGAAAACUAAGGGACCGAUUGCAGUACUAUAAGUGGUACCUAUUCUGAGGCCGACUGCUACGUCUUUAUUUCUCCUUUGGUGCAAUGGUUACUAGGAUUGUGAAAUAAGUGAAUAAAAUGUGAAAAAUUUAGUCAAAAAUAUUAAUCUCACUUCUUUGUUGUAUAACUAUGAAACAGGUCGUAGCGUUAAAAAAAACAAGCAAUAGUAUUGACGGCAAGUCAGAUAAAUUUAAUUUAGAGUGUAAACGCCAUCGUCCCCUCUCUUUCAUAUACAGUUUCAUCGCUUUCCCGUAGAUUUUCAUCAAUGUUUCCCCUUGUUUUAUAUUUCGUCAUCGUUUUAAAGAAUAUCAUUCUACCCUUAUUUCAUCGAAAUGGCAGACAAGCGAAAUGUGUUACGUGAAAACGGCUAAACUAUAAGCAGAACACGCUUUCAGCUAACUGCCAUAAAAAACGAUAAGUACCCUUUACUAGUAGUGAAUUGCCUGAAAACCCUGAAAAAAUGAUACCAAAAACAGUAUAAAAUGUCGUGUAAAAAAAAAAUUACAAAAAAUACUCAAGCUGUUAAGAUAAUUUUAAGUUUUCCACAGUAAACAUAAAACACGUGAAAAGUAUGCAGAGAGAUGAUGAAACAAAAUAUAUUUUCUUAUUUAUUAUUUUAGAGCAAGUUGUAAAUAUCAUUUUCUUUCGUUUCCUAAUUAUUUUUCGCCGAAAAAAGCACAAGUUUUUUUUAUUUAGACGAAAAACAUACAAACUUGAGCUAAUCGAGUCCAAAAAAUGUUAAAAUAUUGAAAAAGUACCUAAAAAACAAUCCCGCUGACAAAAGGAGACGGAUACGAAUGCAUAACUGAGAAAAAAUGCACAGCAAGAAGAAGUCAAAUAAAAUUAAAAAAAAAGGUAAAACUACCAAGAAAACAUAGCAGAUGUUAACUUCUUUUAUCCUACAUAAACAAGCGAAUUCAUUAAACAACCAGAAUAGUAGACCAAUUGAAAUAGAAUGACGAAACGAAGAUGUUCAGUUGCAAGCAACUGUUCGAACAUUUUAGAGGUUGGUUGAUUAUUGGUAGCAGUUCACCGAUAUUUGUUUAGCCUUUCUUCACUAGAGGCGUCGUUCAGCUUCUUGCCACUGGAGCAUCUUCGCAGUCACAACGUAGUAGAAUCCAAUCAUGUUGUUCUCCUUCUUAUCUGCCAUGCAAUUUACCAAUAGGAAAUGCUUCAGUACUGCAACACGAGCCGUAAAUAUUGUGACCACUUCUAAAAAACAUACUUCAAAUUAGGACAAUGUCUGUAAUGUGACGACGAAACGUCGUCAAUAUAAAGGAAAAAUUGAAGAAACAAUCCCGAAUUUAACAGCAGACAUACAGAAAAUAAAGCUAAAUCCCUUCAUCGGUCGAUGUUAUCGCGUUUGGGUUGAUGGUGUGUGCAUUUGUGAUAAGGAUUGGAAAAAACUCCGCCCCUCCCACGUCGACGACCACUAAUGGCUAGUUCGGAUGAUUGACAAUAGAGGCGGUGUUAGCCAUCAAGGAUCGGAUUUGAUCAGAACCGUAUGUUAAUUAACAAACGAAGGGAGAGGAGCGGCAAUCCACAGACAAAUUAUUAACUAGAUCUAUAAAAUUGAUAUGACGAUGACAACUUACAUUACGCAGAACAUUAACAAAACCCGUUUCAACGUGUAGUAAAAGAAAAAAAA